AUGACCAUUAUAAUUCUAUGCAUACGCAUUCCUGAAAACCAAAAUGCCGCUUGCUGUAGAUUAUCUGCACCCCUCUCCUCAAGAGGAAAAGAGGAAGCACAAGUUAAAAAGAUUGGUUCAAAAGCCCAAUAGCUAUUUCAUGGAUGUGAAAUGCCCAGGAUGCUACGCUAUUAAGACAAUUUUUUCACACGCUCAACGACCAGUUGAGUGCGAUGGCUGCCGCACAAUUUUGUGCACACCUACUGGUGGCAAAGCUCGUUUAACCGAAGGUUGCUCCUUCAGAAGAAAAGUUCAGUGCUAA